UUGAACAGCUCUCUAAUCAGAAGGUCUCGUUUGCUUCAUGACUAGCGGCAAACUAACGCAGUGAAAGUAAAGGAUCAGGGUCUCAGCAAACCUUGGUAUCGCAUCCAACACCAACACAACGCCUGCAACCUAUUUCUCAAAGGUGCAGAUCUAGCCCAAAACCUGCAGAAUGGCCCCAUCCGCAGCCGCACCCAUCUCCCCCCUCCUCCGCCUCCCCGGCGAGCUGCGCAACAAAAUCUACGCCUACGUCUUCGCCGGCAACAACAUCUGGCCCAUGAUCACGGAAGACGGCAAGGUCAGGUAUAUGUGUAUCUCCGCCCAUUGCUACAAGCAGGAUACAUUCGCGCAGUUCACCUCGCUUACUGAGACAUGCCGCCAAAUCCGCCAGGAAUUGCGUCUGCUUCCGUACAAAUACAGCAGGUACUUCUUCGCGCGCUGCCGAGUCGACUUCCUAAAGAGACUUGCGGGUAUGGACAGUGAGACGCGCGCCACUGUGCUGACUGCGUUGACUGUUGCGCAGAGGACUGAUGUCGUGGACCAUUUCAGUGUCUGAACAAGGUGGUGAAGAAGAUGUCUCUCUCGGAGUGAGGGUAGAAGAAAACAAUGUGGGUCACAGAUAACUGCUGCAAGUGGGGGUAAUGAGCAUGGCAGGUUGCGGACAGCUUCAGACCGGAACCGCCCACAUUCUGAGAGGUAUCAGUGAAAUAUGGGUUCCAGGGUUAUGUAUGCAAGAUCAAUCGCUCCAGUAGCCUCCCAGCAUGACGUAUGGGCAAGUCCGUUUCACCUACGACCUCACUGACGGUCAAUUAACUCACCGUUCCGGUAAAAGUUCUCUCAAGUGACUCGUUGCAUUCAUGCGUCAUCUAUAUCAACGUUAGCAGACGCGCUUAUCCCCUCUUUCCUUUCGCUUGGACUUCCGAACUCGCUUGUGCAGUGAAAAAGAG